AUGGAUUCUAUAACGUCUAUGCAGGAAUUGGAUCCCUCUCCGGUCCACGAGGAGCCUCCACCGAUCGAGUCUGACAAUGGCAAUUGCUUUACAAAAAGACAAGGCUCUUUGCCUAGUCAGUCCAGUUCGUCAACAGGGCGAUCUUCCGCUCUAAACCUAGGCCUCAGUGGGUAUAAUUGGGAUUCGUGGUUUGUCGCUCUCCAGAGAUACUCGACUUACCCGCCCACCGUCUUCUUCGGCCUGCACUUUGCCAACACGUCCCUUAUUCCCCUGAUCACUCGUUCCGUCUCCGACAGUGAAAACUAUCUACUGUUGACUCGCCCUUUCUAUCAAUCUCCGUCGCUGGAACAUGUCGUGUUGACAGCCCCGAUAUUGAUCCAUAUCGUGUCUGGAAUCGCUCUGCGAAGUAUCAGAUCCCGCCGGCGAGCGCGGCUCUACGGCGCAGAGACCAGAUCGCAAAGAUAUUCGUUAAAUUUCUGGCCACGGAUGAGCCUUCAAUCCCGACUGGGAUAUCUCCUUAUCCCGCUACUAGGCGCCCACGCCCUUGUCAACCGUGUCAUGCCCGUGAUCGUCGACGGUGGAAGUUCAGGAGUGGGGCUGGGCUAUGUGGCACACGGUUUCGCACGCAGUCCAGUAUUUUGGAAUACGUUCUACACUGCGUUUGUCACUGCUAGUGUGUGGCAUAUAAUCGGGGGUUGGGCCGCUUGGAUGGGAUGGAAAGUCACCACGGUGCGGAAAGAGCGUGGUAAACAAGGCUCUAUCGAAUACGGUCUAGGGCAAACAGAGGACAGUCUGAUUGCUAAAAGGCAAAAGAAAUCACGGUGGCUCGUGAGCGGCACAAUCGCCCAUAAUGGCAAGGAAUACACGGCUGUGAGGGAAGGUCUGGCCUAUAUCUUGAAUCAGCCUGCGGACGCGACCUCUAAAAGCGGGAGCAAAAAUGGCUCCAAAGCGGAGGAACCUCAAUCAGUCUUCUACAAUCCAAUCCAGCAAUUCAAUAGGGACCUCAGCGUACUUGCGAUCAAAGCCUACGGUAGACAUGCGAUAGCUGUGAAGGAAGAAAAAGCUGCGAAGAAGUCGCAUGCGCCGGCAAAAGGGAAGAAGCGCAAGAGAGACGGAGACCAAGGCAGCACUGAGGCUGGUACUUCUCAUAAUGGCGAGCAGCCAGCUCCCGAGUCGGAACCAGCGCAAAAGUCUACGCCGUCGUUCACAAUCCUCGAUGCCUUGUCGGCUACUGGGCUGCGCGCAUUGCGAUACGCCCUCGAACUCCCGUUCACCACUCGCGUCGUCGCGAAUGACAUGUCACUACCUGCCAUUCAAGCCAUGAAAACAAACAUCGAAUACAACGGGCUCGAAGACCGCAUUAAACAGAAUACGGGCGAUGCGCGGGCUUACAUGUACAACCUCGAUACUGGAAAUGGGCCUCACACCGAGAAAUUCGACGUCAUUGACCUCGACCCUUACGGCACUGCAGCUCCAUUCAUGGACGCUGCCGUACAAGGCGUCAAGGACGGCGGUCUUCUGUGUGUGACCUGUACCGACGCAGGCGUCUGGGCGUCAACCGGCUAUCCCGAGAAGACAUACGCCCUAUACGGCGGAGUUCCAUUAAAGGGCACGCCCUCGCACGAGGGCGGGCUGCGUCUCAUUCUCCACGCGCUCUCAGCAUCCGCAGCCAAAUACGGACUCGCAAUCGAGCCGCUCCUGUCGCUGUCAAUCGAUUUCUACGCUCGAGUAUUCGUCCGCGUCCACCGAUCACCCGCCCAGGUCAAGUUCGCCUCAGGCAACACGAUGCUGGUCUACAACUGCGAUGCAGGCUGCGGCGCAUGGACCACGCAGCCCCUAACACACACCAAGCACAAGCUCGACAAAAAGGGCGGCACCUUCCACCACUACGGAAUCGCCCAAGGUCCAGUCGCAGACGCGCACUGCGAGCACUGCGGUCGCAAGACUCACCUGGCAGGCCCAAUGUGGGCAGGCCCCCUCCACAACCCGGAUUUCAUCCGCAAAAUCCUCGCCAUGGUCCCAACUGUAGACAGAACCACAUACCAGACAAUGGACAGACUCGAGGGGAUGUUAACCACAGCCCUCGAAGAAGACCUGGCCGUCGCCGACCCCCCCGCAGACUCCAAACCCGACUCGGAAGAAGACCAGAACGCCGAAGACGCCGCAGCAAGUAAUACCUCGCCCAUCUUCACCCGCGCAGACCCCUCCGCUCGCGAACCCCACCCAUUCUACUUCACCCCCGCAGCCCUCUGCAAGGUCCUCCACACGUCCACCAUCUCAGCCGACGCCCUCCGCGGCGCCCUCCGCCACCUAGGCUACCGCUCGACGCGAAGCCACGCCAAGCCCAACACGCUCCGCACAGACGCCCCCUGGGCCAUCAUCUGGGAGAUCAUGCGCGAGUGGGUUCGCCAAAAGUCGCCCAUCAAGCAAGACGCCCUCAAACCAGGCACCGCCGGCGCAACCAUCAUGGCCAAGUCCCGCGAGAACAUCCAAAAAGUGCAACAGGAGCAGACCGCGCUCGACACCAUUAAGACCGAUAUCAUCGCUGCUGCGCAGACCGGAGCUGAUAUCAACGACCUCGUGACGAAGGUCGAGGCGGCGCUGUACCGCUCCCGGUCUCAGCAGAAGCUUGCGCAGGGUGCGUGCGAGCCAAGCGAGUUGGAGGUGAACUUUGAUGAGGCGCUUGGUCGGGACGUCGCUUUGAAGAAGAGGCUUGUGAGGUAUCAGCUGAAUCCGAGGGCUAAUUGGGGGCCGUUGAAUCGGGCGUCUGGGGGGCGAUGA